AUGGCUCUAGCAAAGAGUCUCUCUCUCAGCGAUCUUUCCGAGAUUCGCAUUUCUUGUGCCAAACCAUUUUCGCGUAUGCAAGAUUCCGACACCGUCAAGGGAUCCCAAUUGAAGACUCUUCAAUCCGCGUGCGUGGCUGACUUCGAAGUCACACACGGAGUUAUGAGAUCUCUUGCCGAAAGAGCUGAAAACCGCAUCAAAGGCUUUGCCGAGAUUCCGAGAAUCAAUACGGUAACAGCCUCGAUGCAGCCAAGCUCGCAAGUCCCAAUUUUUGGUGGUUCACCAAACGAUACCUUCUCCGCAUUUUUGCGAUCCUUCAAUGAUCAUGCUAAUACAGCAAAACCUCCUUUGGGAGACCUCGAAAAGAGGAAUAUUUUCUUGACUUAUUUGACAGACGCAGCCAGAGACCGCGCAGAGGAGUUCCUGGAGCAAGAGAGCGAAGCCUCGUUCGCAACCUUGGUUAACCAUCUAAAGGUAAAAUACGAAGAUCCGGUAAGAGCAGAACUUUCGCGCCAGCAACUCCGAACAACGAACCAGCUUCCGGGCGAGUCCGUAGAUGAGUUUGCAGCUAAGGUCAGAAAACUCGCAAAUUCGUCGUACCUCGGAUACUCGCGUGAAUAUAUCAAGGCCAAAACCUUAGAAGCGUUUUUGGACGGGCUCAAAUACGACAUAAAAUUCCACAUUAAGGCCAGUAACCCAAGAACCUUCGAGGACGCCCUCAAUUCCGCAGUGAGAAACACCCCACGGCAAGUGAAAUGCUAUUUCUGCGGACGUCUCGGACAUAUGAUGGCCAAUUGCUUCAAGAAAAACCGUCAAUUUGGCCGCAUCGACCCAAUUGAUAAUCACCAGAUCAGAAACCGGAAUCAGCCGAUCUUUGGGAACCCAGGAAGACGGACAAACAACUAUGAAGGUAACUCAUCAGACGUACGUAAUUUCCAGCCUGACACGACCGCUGACGAUACAGUAAGAGAAUUACGCGCUCAAGUCGAAGCGUUGACCAUGCGCAACAACCAACUAACAAACAGCAUGACGCCCAGAGUUAACACGGGUUCAGCCGACAAAUUAACAAAAAUCGUAAGCCGCAACGCUUUCUCAACCAGCGGCAGCACAAAAGCCAACGAGAUUAGCGAAGUCAUCAGCGCCUACGAGCAAUGGCUUGACCUCGGUCACCGAUUAUUCCAGGCCUGGACCGCUAUAGUUUGCACAUUUGUCACCCUUUAUGCAAUCUUCCUCGUCGUAGCCAUAUUCAUCAAGCAACAGGCCGAAGCGCUGCCAUUCAGCGUUUCCCAUCGUUUUGGCAAAAAGACGGCUAAUCCACCCUCCGAAGUCAUCUUCGACUAUUCGGACCUAUUGCCGGCAACAACUACAAUAGCUACCUUCCACUCUCCACAAGCGUUUUUCACCGCGCAAAUUCCCAUUAAAGCGAACAACAUUAAUCUCCUAGCCCUGGUGGACACCGGCGCCAGCUUUACCAUAGCAGGCUCCGAGAUAUGCGCACUCAUCGGCAUCCACACGCUCAACAAACCGCUGACUAACAACGCUAUAGGCUUGGGAGGCAACGAAGUAAAAAUUGCGGGAACCGCGCCAAUCAGGUACAAAAUCGGAUCAUUCGAAAUUCAACACAUCACACACUUCACAAUCAAUAAAUGCACUCCACCGGGUCCGUUCUCCUACGACAUUAUAUUAGAACUUGGGCUUCUCAUCGCACCAUCAGUCAUAUCAACUAACCACAUUGCUCUCCUCGUUACUAACCCAUCGAAUCAAAUGGUCACUCUGUACCCAGAGAUGACCAUCGCCACCGCGGCGAUGGUAUUCUCCGAAGGCACACCUGGAAAAGUGCUGACCUGCCACUACUCUUCAGGGGAGAUCCACAGUUUAAGAUUGACCUGA